GAAUAAAAUAGAGAGAGAGAAACCCUGCCUAAACCCUUUUCCUCUCACUCUCACGUGCUCCACCCUCCUUCACGCCGGCUCCUCCAACUUUCAGCAGCGCCGUGUCGCCGUCGCCACUGCCGCGUCUCUCCCGUUUAGUGCCGCCGCCGCCGCUUCCCUCUUAGCGGUUAAACAGCUGCUCUCUUCUCAGCUCUAUCCAUAGUUGCGUCACCUGACAAUCAACCAGAGGUUUCUUAGUCCACUGGAUAAUCUCACUAUUUCUCUAUUCCCUGUCUCCCCCUCUAUGCUAUAAGCUACUCAAGCAGAUUUGGUUCUUUAGACUUACCGGCAAGGUAGGCAAGGGAUUUUUUUAUGGGUUGUGGCUGCUUGUAUAUGCCCUUUAUUUGGCGAUGGUGUUAUCUAAAAGCAGUUGAUGCAAGGGUGUGAUUAUGGAGGAUUAGAACUUAUCGACGAGCGUCAAGGAGAUAGGAACUCCACACCUGGGUUUAAGGUUCUCCUUGGAAACUGACAAGGACUAGACACUCAUUCAAACUUGGGUCUUAUGGAUACGAUAAAUGCAAACCUUGAAGCUAAGCUCAAAGAGCUACUAUUUAAAAUUAACUCUUUGGAGAUUAAGAUAUGCUCAGAUGCUACGAAAGAGUUCAUAAAGUUAUUAAAAGGGGAGAUUGGGUGUAAGUUGCUCCAUUUAUAUGCAAAGACUUCUCCCAAGUGCUCAGAACUUUUAGAUGCCUGGAAGCUCCAACGGGGGAAGGCUGGAAUGCGGUAUAUAUUUUCAUUGGUUUCUGCCAUUUUGAGUCAUCCUGAUGGAAUUUACAGCCUUAAUGACUUGGAGAGAAUAUCAACUAGUCGUGUUCUUGACAUGAUGGCCCGAUCACUUGUUGAAGAAUGCUUGGGAGACAUAAAUAGUGAACUAGGUUCCCAAGAGUUAAAGCACAAAAAUGCAGCUCUAUUGUUGAUGUCUUCCAUUGUUCGGCGUGGUUCACGUUUGGCUUCAGGAGUUGCAAAGAACUUUGAUUUUAAACUUCGUGCAUUUUCCAAGCUGACAGAAUUUAGACAGAAGCCAAAUCAGAAAGGAUCAAAGCAAUCGUCAAGAAAGUUGUUUAUUGGGUUUGCUAUGUCAUUUUUGGAGGUGGGGAAGCCUGAACUGUUGAGGUGGGUCUUGCAGCAAAGGGAAAUGUAUUCUGGUGUGCUUCGUGGACUGGCAAAUGAUGAUGAAGUGACUAUUAUUUAUGUUUUAUCCACAUUGAGGGACAAGGUCCUUGUUGAGGAGUCACUGGUACCUCCAGGUCUUCGAAGUGUGCUUUUUGGAAGUGUUACUUUGGAACAAUUGGCCACCAUAUGUGGAAGAGAGAAUGGUGGUCCUGCUGCAGAGGUGGCUUACCAGGUUUUAACUAUGGUUUGUACUGACCCGUGUAAUGGGUUAAUGCCAGAUCUGAAACGAUGUCCAAAUCCCUUAAAAGGUAAUCCAAAGCGACUAAUGGACCUCAUGAAGAAGUUAAAAGCAACUGGAGUUAUUUAUCAUAGAGACUUGCUUUUGGCAAUUAUUAGGGGGCAGCCAACUUUCUGUUCAACUUACUUGGAGGAAUUUCCUUACAACCUUGAAGACUUUUUAUCACCUACCUGGUUUUCUGUGGUUUCUCUGACAGUUAAGUUGGUUUCUUCUGUAAGCAAUGGCCUGUCUAUUGGAUCUAUUGAUUCUCAAUCAGAUGAUACUACUUCAUUGGACAAUGCUUGUGUAAAAAACAUUAUAAGGUGUCUCUCUUCUCGGCCAUUUAGUCGAUCAGUAAUCAACAAAGGUUUGCUUCACUCAAAUAUUCUUGUAAAGCAUGGCACUCUACGACUUCUACUUGAUGCAUUGAAGAUGGUCAAUUCUUUUUUUGAUGUUUUAAACCAAGCAUCUUCUGGCAAUAAGCAAAAGAUGUUGUAUUGGCUGUCUCUAAAGCAGGAAUUGCAGAAUGAAGUUCAAACUUUGCUCCCUGAUUCACAAGUGCUACUUACUCUACUUUCUUCAUUCGCUAGCCAAUCUAGAGUUCAAGCAGUUAAUUUGAAAAGGGCCUCUGGUCUGGAAUGCAGCUUCCAUGGUGUUAAAAGGUUAAAAACAACUUCGCCAGAUCAUGACACUGAUAUUGUUGUUAGUGGAAUUGUGUCAGCUCCAGAUAUUGAUGAAAAAAUGAUGGAUGUCUGUUCGGUAGAGACAUCAGAGAAGGAAAGAGAACUCAUGAUUUCUAUUGCUGAACUAUGGGAUUUGGAUCCAUUGUCAACUCUUGUUGAAGUGAAUGACGUAGAGAUGUACUUCCACUCAAAGAUAUUGGAUGCUCUUACAAUUUAUCAUCAAAGAUUGCCACAUACUUUGGAGGGAUCGUUUGAAUUUUUCAUCAGUCUUCUUGGAAAUUCUUUACUAUUGCCCACUAUUGUGCAGCAUUCUUUGCUGUCCUUGCUGAUUGAAUACGUUCCAUCAUCAUCAAUGAGUUCAACGCACUUUAGAACUCCACCAGGGAUGUACAAGCAUCUGCAUUCAUUUAUGAGCUUGUUCAUUCAUUCACCGGACAGGGACAUAAAGAAAAAGGCAUACUAUCUGGCCCAAGCUUCUAUUCUAAGUACUGGUGCUCUUGACCAAAAUGUGUAUGAAGUUGGAUCAUGGUUUUUAUUUUUAGUGAAUCAUGAUCAACGAACAUCUCUUAUGGAACUUGAGACAGAAAGUUCAGAGAAUCUAAUUUAUACAGUAAUUUCAUUCUUAUGUGAUGCCAUUUCCACUGUGGGGAAUAACUUGUUCAAAUAUUGGGGUAUUGUGAAGAGUUACAUCAGCAAUUUAAAAGAUGCCAAAGAUGUCUCACCAAAGUUCAGCCCAAUCAUCGUAUGUGUUCUGCAGAAGUGUCUAAGGUUGCUCAGCUCGGAAUCUGUAGCCUUCACCCAGCUUGAGAAAGCAGUUAUAUCUAAUUAUGUGAGCAGUACGCUAAAGUAUCUCUUGCAGACUCAGGUUGAUGCUCUGUUACUGGCUUCAGUGAUUGAAUCUAUCUUGUCUGAGGUAUUUGAUGACCAUGGUCCUUUGGAUGUGGAAUCUGGAAGUUCUAACUGUGAGUGGAGACCAUUGAAAAAUUUAUUAUUCUUCUCCCGCAGAAUGUCUACUACGCAUAAUGAGGAUGUUUUUGCUGGUCAUUGUCAUUUAAUGAAUGAUGAAGAAAAAAUUUGUAACAUGGAGUUCGAUAAAAUUGAAGCAUACUCCACUGGGUUUUCUACCAUUUUGAAGAGAACACCUUUUCAUGUUCUAUUUCCUGUAAUCAUGUGCGCUCGUGGUCCCAGUUCUCUUACACUUCCGAAGAUACAAGAUUUGCUUCUGCUAAAACUAAAUGAGUUGACAUUUGAUGACCUUCUAUUAUCGUAUCUAAGGCUUGUCCUAUUUUGGGCCUAUCAGAUACGAAUCUCUUAUAGAUUUAAGCCUAUAGUUGAACUUGAGCAGCUUUCCCAAAUUUGCUUUAUGCUUCUUCAGAACACCUUAGCUAAGCUGCUAGCUUCAAUAACUCAUUCUGGCACUGCUGGAGAUUACAAGGGCUCUCUGUUAAGGCUAGAGGUCCAAGAUGUAGCAGAAACCAUAUUCUCUCAUCCUGCUGUAGUAUCAUCCCUGUCCUGUCCCCUAAACUGUCCAGGGGACUUGAUGAAUGAUGCUAUUAAUUUAAAUUUGGAAUCUUUGGUUCAGUUGUCUGGGAAGAGUGUUAACACAUUAGAUCGUCACAUUGUCAACUUAUUGACCACUUCUUGUGAGUAUUUUAUAACCUCCUGUGAUGGCCUAGAUUCAACAUUCAGAGAGAUACUGAAGACUUUUAAGGUUCUCAUACAGAAGCUAUUUUCUGAGUUCAGGGACCGUUUUGAUCUCUUUAUUGAUACAAUGGACCUGAUACCACUUCUGCCCCCGUUUUUUGCUUUACAUGCUUUAAAUCAUUUUAUACCUCCUUUUGAUCUUCUUGAAUUAGCGACUUGGAUAUUCAAUAGAGUAGACAUAAAGGACUUGGCAGUACAGAAAUCUGAGAUGGCCCAAAUUCAUGGGCUAUCAUUUGGAUUUGGCAUUGCUGUCAUUUCUUUAAGAAAGGCCACAGGCUUUUUGCAGUUACCACUCUCUAGAAGAUUACAGUACAAUUUAUUCUGGGAAAUGGAUGAGAAGAAUGCAUGUAAAAUCAUUGAUGAAAUUUACACUAAAACAAAAGUAUUUGCAAUACAUCACAAGUCAGAGUUUGCAGAUACAUGCUUGCUUGAAGUGGUUAAGACUAUUUGUGCAAAAAAAUCCAUGCUAUGUGAUUAUUUUGAUCAAAUACAUUUAGCAAUGUUCAGAUUUAUAGUGAACUUAUCAAGUGAGUUGGUUUCUUAUUGCGUCUAUAGGACCAAUAAAGAAAAGGCUAAAUUGUUGUUUAUUCUUACUGAGGCUAGCUCCUUGCAUCUUUCAAUCUUUGGUCUCUUCAUUGUGGAUGUUAUGAACAAGAAUUCCAUGGACAUUGAGAGGGAAGAUACUUUGAACUUCCAUUUUUCUGAUGAGGAAUUUUUUAUGCUCCUGCCUACUUCUCUGUCAUACUUGAAUUCAAUUGAUGUGAAGUUUGGAAAAAAUUGCUGGUAUAAUUUCAAAAGCUUCUCUUCAGUAUAUUCAAGAAUUCUGUUUAAAGGUUUACGUAAAUGGAAGAGAUUCGUGACCAAAACUAUUUUCUAUGAAGAAUUUGGUGAUUUAGUUCCAUCAUCCACUCAAGAAUUUAUUGAUCUUGUUAAUGACAGUCUCCUUGGAAAAGCAGUGAGUAUGCUAAGGCACCACUUUGCAUUUAGUGGAGAUCUGGUGACAGUGAAGAAGCGAUUGAAAUUAUUUAGUUGCCUUAUUCCAGCUUCUUGUUCAACUGAUGAAGUUUUAGAAUUUGAGGUUGAUGAACUUGAUUCUUAUUCACCCAGUCAGAUAUUAAAUUUUCUCAACAAGGUUGUUGCGAAGAUAUCAUUUUGUAGGGUGUUGCUAUUUCCAGAAAGCUGCAGCAUUCAGUCUUUGCCAAAAGAAGACACGAAGUCAUCAGAAUAUUCUUCAGCAAGGUCAGAUGAAGAAGAAUCCUCAAGGUUGCAGUACUUGAGUAUUUUGGUGAACAUCUGGCAGUGGAUUGUGAAAAGAUUUUCUUUUAUCUCCGAUAUUCAAGAAAAACAAAUGGACAACUCAAGAUUAUUCAGAUACUUGGAGCUUUUCAUACUGAACAAUAUUCUUGAAUUAAGCACAGAAAUGCAUGAUGCGCUUGUCAAAUUAUUAUCCAUCCCCUUUCUAGAGCAAUUAAUGAGAUUUUCCCUCUUAUAUAGGUUUGAGGAUCCAACAACAUUGAAUAUUCUUUAUAGCAUUCUAAAUUUGUUGUCUGAUGGAAGGUUUGCAGAAGAUGUAUAUUUGCAGCUGCUGCUUGCGCACUCCCAGUUUGCUCCCACUAUCCAUUCAGCUCCAAAACCAUCUCAUUCGAUUGAAACUUUUUUGAGGCCAAUGUCCAGCAUACUAAGAUCACUUGUCAUACCUUCAACUAAUCAUUUGGAAUCUAAUUGGCACGAAGAUUCAAGAACCACUCAGGUAGACUUGAAACGCUUGGUAAUUGUUAAGAUUGUUCAUUUACUUGUGCACAAGCAGGUAUGUCAAGGUGGUUAUGGAAAAGAUGAUACUGUAAAUUUCAAAGAACUGCAUUCACUGCUUCUGUCUUCUUAUGGUGCCACUAUCAGUGAAACUGACUCUGCUAUCUUAAAGACAUUAAAUGACAUUGAAACUAUAGUUGGAUCAGAUGUGAAAAAUCUAGUCCAAAUGGAUUUUUUAUGGGGAAAUGCUGUAUCGAGAGUUUCAAAAGAACGGCUUCUAGAGCAGGAAUCUUCUUCAAAUAUCGGGAAUGAUGCUGAAGUUCACAAACAGUGCCGCAAAAAUCAGUUUAGAGAAAAUAUUCCUGUCGAUCCCAGAAUAUGUGUGUCCACAGUGCUAUGCUUUCCUCCUGAUAGAACUGAAUUGGAUGACGGACUACACAUGAAGAAGUAUCAAAUAAAGAAUCUAGAUGAUCUCAUUAAGGGAAAUUUUCACGGUACUGAACCUGAACAAUAUGAUCCAGUUUAUGUCUUGCGGUUCUCAAUUCAUGCUCUGUCAAUUGGUUACAUCGAAGCUUUGGAAUUUGCUUCGAUGGGUUUGCUUGCAAUUGCAUUUGUUAGCUUGUCUUCAGCUAAUGAAACAUUAAGAAAAUUAGGCUAUGAAACUCUUGGGGCACUAAAAGACGCAUUGGAGAAUGGUAAGCGGAGAAAGGGUACCAUGAGACUACGGCUCCUCUUAACAUAUGUGCAAAAUGGCAUUGAAGAGCCAUGGCAGAGAAUUCCUUCCAUCACUGCGCUUUUUGCUGCAGAGGCAUCGUUUAUUUUGUUGGAACAAUCCCAUCAUCAUUAUGCAGCAUUAAGUAAAUUUUUGGUGCGAUCUUCCAGGAUGAAUAGGAAGUCGGUUCCUUUGUUUAAGAAUUUUCUCUGGAGCAGCUCCGUAAACUUCAAAUCUGAAAGGUUAUGGAUGUUGCGCCUACUUUAUGUGGGGAUUAAUGUUGAUGAUGAUGCCCGGUUAUAUAUCAAAAGCUCAAUUCACGAGGAUCUGCAGAGCUUUUAUGUUUCCUCUCUUUCAGAUAAUGAAUCUAAGGAGCUUAUCCUUCAGGUAAUGAAGAAGUCUGUUAAGUUGCAACGGAUGGCAUUUUAUUUGGUGGAACAUGGUCUAUUUUCAUGGUUAUGCUCUAUCAUUUCAACCUCUAGCAGGAGACUUAAUGAAGAUCAGAAAUCCUUUUUUGCAAAGCAGCUGAACUUGGUAUUAGAGGUUGUAAAUAAUGUCAUUUCAUUCAGAAACAUCUGUGAAUGGUUGCAAAAAGAUGCCCUUGAGCAGCUAAUGGAAUUUUCAUCUUACCUUUUCAAACUCUUGCUUGGUGGUGAGGAAUCGCUAAUAGAAGGGGCACUAGUUAAUCGAAUGUUGCAGAUAAUAACAUCCGUGCUCAGAAUAUCACAGAAAAGAAAAGUUUACCAGCCCCAUUAUACGUUGUCAAUUGAGGGCUUGUUUCACAUUUAUCAGGCGGUUCACAGAUUAGAUCGUACAAGACUGGGUUCAAAUUCAGCUACUGGGCUCAAAUUGAUACUCAUGAACAUUCCACAGAAAACGCUUCUAAGCGUGGGUCUAAAGAAGUGCUCAGAUUUUCUUUCAUGGGCAAUUUCCACCGCUUUAGAGUCUGAUUCUAGAAUGAUAGACAAAGAAUCUCAUUUGGGUUUAAUGAGUGAAUCUGAUGAAGAGCAUUUUGACGAAUCCUUGACAUCAAAGCUUCUACGUUGGUUAUCUGCUUCUGUAAUUUUUGGAAGGAUUUCUUGGAAGCUUGAUAGUUUGAACCUUGCCACUACAGAAAAACCGAGUGCUGAAACACUCUACUCUUUAUUAGAACAUGUUAAAAAUACGGGUGAUGACAGUAGUCUACAUGAAUUUGGUUGUGAGGAGCUCUUAGCCGCAAAUAUUUUCUAUCUCCAACAACAUCUUAAGAGUAGUUUCAUGGUGCUCCCGGUGGUGAUAUCUGCCCUUUGUCUCCUCCUUUUGGAUGCUCUCAUUUCUGCAGGUCUCUUUCAUAGUCAUGGAGCUGAUUUGGCACAACUGUUGUCAAAGAUACGUUGCCCUGAAGAAGUAAAUCCUGCAUGGAGAUGGACGUUCUACCAACCAUGGAAAGAUUAUAGUUUAGAAUUGACAGAUUUGCAGAAGAUUGAUGAAGUCCAUGCUUGUCAAACUCUUCAAGUAGUUAUCUCAAACAUUCUUAGUAAGAAGCCUCUUGAUCCUCAAUCUUUGUUACCUCAAGAUACUGAGAUUUCUCGAGUAUUCGAGUGGGAGAGAAAUCUCGUAAGAACGCAAAAUUCAAAUCCUUAACAAAAAAAGGUCAGUUUUCAUUUGAAUCAGUGGCUCGUUUUUGUAUACAUAGAUAGAUAAAGUUAGUGUUGAUCAUUGAUCUGGGGAGAGUAGGAAAAUAGAUCUGCGUAUCUGAUUUAGAUCUAUAUAGUCGAUACGAAACAAGAAAAGAAAAAAGUAGAUUUUUUUGAUAAAUUCCAACAUAAAUGCUCUGCUGUUGAAGAGAAGACGCGGGGAAGACAUAUAUUCUUGACUAAGAGGUCAUGGAUCUGAAUCUCGACACUAGAAUGCCCAACUUUAGUUAACGAUAGUGAAGGAUCAGUCAACAAGGUUUCGUUAGUAUAGGACUAGUACCUCUUAUGGUCGGUGUUUACUCUUAUCUUGACAUUUCUUUUUUGAAAUGCCACAUUUUGAUAGAAUUUGAUUAAUGAUCGCAUUGUGUAAUUGUCAAAUUAGUGUUUAUGAGUCUUUGUUGUAAUAUUUGAAAAGUUCUUUCACUAAAUAGAGAUCUACUGAACUUCUCAGUCUAUUUUCUAA